GUAGGUAUGGUGCAAAUCACUGUUAGAGAAACAUUUCAUAUGUAUUCCAUGCUGCAUGUGAAGCUGCUCUGUAAUGUGAGCUGCCCCGAGUGCCGCUUAACGUGCUUUCGCCGACAAAGGAACAUUCUAUGAGCUUCGCUUGGAAACACUUUGAUGGAUUUUAUGAUUCUUUAUUAUUCAGGAGAGAGGGCCGAGCGAAAUGCUGACAGGUGCCACGAAGGUGCAAUGAGCGAAAAAGAGGAGCACUCAGAAGAACUUGGGAGUCGUGGCCGGCCACAGCGUCACCACAACCGUUUCCUGGCUCACAGGGAUGGCGCCAUGGAAUCUGGUGAACACGGCUCCGAAGAGGACCGGGCAUUUGAACGGCUCUCUUCUCUGGCCAGGUAUGCGAAGUCGAAGCUUUCAUUCGGCAGUGGAGGAUCGAGGACCACGGAUAAAAGAAGCCGUUCAUGUAAUAAGGAGUGAUUAAUUGGUCUACCUAAUUGAACAAUAAAGAGAGUAGUU